AUGCACGAAGACCACGGGAAGUAUUUUUCAUUUGGGAGACAUUCUUAUACUGACUAUCAUGGCGAUAUGAACGAUCCUACAGGCCUAAUUGAAUACCCAAACUCCAGUUUCCAUCCAAGAUUUCUUUCAGCUCGCAAAUCAGGCUUAGAGCGUGGAAUAGACCCAAAAGAGAAAUGGAUGGCUUACUGUAAACCAAGCUGUACAAAAGAAGAAGCCAUGGUAAAGAGAUGCGAAGAAGCCUUGAAACUGCUUAAGGUUGGCGACAAGUCAUGCAUUUAUAGGUAUAGAGAAUGGGUGGAAUGUGUUGAAAAUUGUGUGCAACCCAAAAUCUUCUAUCAUCUUAGUGGAGCAAGCCGCAAAGGUCCAAUAGAUUGGCUCAAAGGACAUGGGCUAACUGGACUUCAUUAA